AUGAGAGCUACUGACCCAGAGGCUGCCAAGGGUCACAACAAGACGUCGAACUUUUGCAGCGCUCAUAUCACAAGCCUUCCAGAUGAUUACCUGCACCGGCCGGCCGACAAGAUCUUGCAAGCGGCAGCCGCUCAGCAUGGCGACAGACUCAAGACUGCUUUUUUCUGCCCGUCAGACAUCUAUGGGCAGGGAAGGGGGCCUGGCAACAUCCGCAGCCUGCUCAUACCAGAGAUAUGCGAGAACAUCAUCGAGCUGGGAUAUUCCUUCUACGCGCUGACGGGCGCGAAUCGGAAGUCCUGGAUCCAUGUCGACGAUGUUGCUAACGUAUACUUUAAACUUGUGGAAGCUGCUGUCGAAGGGGAGGAAAUGCAGUGUGGGAGAAGGAGAUACUACUUCGUCACCAGCCAAGAACUGUCACAGCUCGAUCUGGCCCGGGAGACUGGCAGGAUCCUCUACACACAUGGCCUUAUUCCUACUAGCGAGCCGAAGAGUUUGUCUAUCGAGACUGUGAGAGAGAUGCGAGAUGGCUCAAGUUGGGAGCCGAUGGGAGUGUAUACCUGGGCCUGUAUUACACUUGUGCGUGCAGAUCGGGCGAGAUCUCUCUUGGGUUAUGUGCCAAGUGCCCCUAGUGUGCAGAGCACCUUAGAGGGUGAUCUUCUAGAUGCUGUCGAGCAUGUGAAGAAGAUUGGGCCAACGUAUUGUCCAGGUCUCCGACUUUAG